AUGCUUCUUGAUCCAAUAACUCAAAUUGAAUUCACCUCCUCCUUCUCCUCGUCGACGGCUGAUAUGAUUCUGUUCUCACUUAUCAAUCGGACUGCCUCCAACUUGGACAUGUCUUCAGACCUUAUUGAUAAUCUUUAUAUUCUGGAGAUUGUUCUCCUAGUGUGGAGUUACUUCGAAUGCGGUGUCUUCUUCUAUGUCCUCUGUACCAACAGUCAAUACCAUCCCAACCUUACGUGGCUUCUCAAAAACCUCGUCGCUCAGUACUUCAUAUCAAUGGCAUGUCGACUGUUUCAGAUUUAUUUUCAAUAUGGAAUCGAUGAUGAGAGCGGUCUAAAAACGAAUUGGUUCUUCAUUCUGGUGACAUUCAGUAGGAAUUGUCUCAUAUUCACUGCUCUUUAUUUCUCUCCAUUCGUCAUGAUGGAGAGAUUAUACGCGUCUGUUCAUAUUGGAGAUUAUGAGCACAAACCGCGUCACUAUGUCGGAUACACUCUCUCCUUGUUUUUGUAUCUUUGGUCAUUGAUGAUCGGAUUAACUUAUGCAUUCGAAGUGAUCCCAACAUACAUUCACGUAUCCUGUCUGGUUUCGAUUAAUAUGUUGGCUUUUGUGGUCUGCCUCCUAAACGAGAGCUACAAUUCGAAGAAAUUCGUGCAGAAGAAGUUCUCAACGAGGAAGUCAGUGGCCUACUCGCUGACAGAACGAUAUCAGAUUGUCGAGAAUUUGAAGACUGCUUAUUUAUUCAAACGUGGCAUCAUCUCAAUCAUAAUCUUUUCUGUAAUCUGUGGUGUUUUUCUGGUUCGAAUGAGCUCCGAUGAGCACGACUCAUCGAUGAAUUGGAUACUGAUUGGAUUCAAUUAUGCUGCCAUUUUAUAUGGAAUCGGUUUCCCGGCGGCCAUGUUCUAUUAUGAUCAACAAUUUCAGAAGCAGCUGAUUAGUUAUAUUCGAGUUAUGUUCUGCAUCUCAUCUCGAACAACUCCGUUAUACGAACAAACCGAGGAAUCUAGUCAGAAAGCAAAGAUUAGUCGAAAUUUGGAAGCUGUCAAGGAGACUGACAUUUAUUUUAAUAAUUUGAAAGGCGAUUGGGAGAAAACGGCGCCGAAAUGCAAGAGGAAAAGCGAGUGUUAA